AUGGCUGACGUCAAGGAGUAUACUACUUCGCCGGCCGGCAAGGUCUUGGAUACCGAAAAUGCCCCGUCAAGAGUAGACAGCAACACAGUCGCGAUCAACGACGAGACGGCGCACGUGGUGGACAAGGAUGGCGAAAGAAAGUUGUGCAGAAAGUUCGACUUUCGCCUGCUGCCGGUUCUGGCCGUCAUGUAUCUCUUCAAUGCGCUCGAUAAGUCGAAUCUGGGAAAUGCGAAGACUGAUGGGCUCCCUGACGAUCUGGGCUUUCGCACCGGCCAGUAUAACCUCAUCGUCGGCAUCUUCUUUGUCCCCUAUGUCAUAUUUGCGCCUCCAUUCGCCAUGCUGGCCAAGAAAUACGGAGCAUCACGAGCACUCCCUAUCAUGAUGUUCAGCUUCGGAUCGCUUACUCUACUCACGGCGGCCACACAUAAUUUCAGUGGAGUCUUUGCACUCCGAUGGUUCUUGGGAAUGUCCGAGAGUGCCUUCUUCCCAGUUGUCAUCUACUACCUGACAACCUUUUAUCGAAGAGGAGAACUGGCCCGCCGUUUGGCCAUCUUUUAUGCUGCUUCCAAUAUUGCUAGCGCUUUCAGUGGACUGUUGGCCUUUGGCGUGUUCCAGAUCAAGUCGCACCUUUUGGAUCAUACUUGGCGCUGGCUAUUCAUCAUUGAAGGCAGCUGCACCAUCUUGUUCUCCUUCUUUGCUUUUUGGUAUCUGCCAAAGUCGGCGGCAGAGGCCAAAUUCUUAACCGAGGAUGAAAAGGCUCUGGCAUACCAUCGCAUUCACGUGGACAGUUCUUCAACGGUCAAUGAAGAAUUCAAGCUACGCGAAGCACUGAAGAUCUUCAAGCUUCCAACAACGUAUGGAUUUCUGCUCAUCGAAAUAUGCCUCGGCGUUCCCCUGCAAGGAGUCAGUCUGUUUCUGCCGCAGAUUGUGGCGAGGCUUGGAUACAACACGGUGAAGACAAAUCUCUACACCGUCGCUCCCAACAUCACUGGCGCCGUCAUGCUGUUGAUCCUUGCUUUCAGCUCUGACUUGACAAAGAUUCGGUUUCCUUUCAUUUGCUUGGGAUUCGCCUUUACCUUUAUUGGAAUGAUCAUCUACGCAUCAAUCCAAGAUGUAGUAGCGCAGAGUCAAGUGGCCUAUUUUGCAACAUUCAUGAUGUGCUGGGGAACCUCGGCACCAUCAGUCUUGCUGAGCACGUGGUACAAUAACAAUAUCUCUAAUGAGGGUGAGCGUCUAGUAUUGACCUCAGUCGGAGUUCCUCUGGCUAAUCUGAUGGGAUUGGUGUCGAGCAACCUUUUCCAAGACCGUGAUGCACCAAAGUAUCUUCCUGCGCUGAUUGCAACAGCCUGCUUUGGAGCAACUGGAUUCUUGGUGGCGGGAGCACUUGGCACGUACAUGACCUUUGAUAAUCAGCGGAGGAACCGUCGUCAAGGCGUGACCCUGACCGCGCAAGAUGUGCCGACAUCAAAGCUCAGGGACGGACCAAAGGUAGACGAGUUUAGAUGGUUUCUGUAG